UUGAUGCCUGACCGGCUCUUCUUCCUUCAGCCUGCCGUCUGCCUCUGAAUCUCUUUCGCAUCUUUUCGCUGUGAUUGGAUCGUACACACCGGGUGCCUUGAAUGCAUCACGGGGAGGAGUGACAUUAUUAUCAACAGACGCAAGAGAGAGUACACAAACGCCUCAUACAGAAAGAUGUCUGGGACUGCGAACACAUCUGCGACCCCGCAGUCUGUAAAAAUGAAAAAGGACGAAUCUUUCCUCGGGAAAUUAGGAGGAACCCUGGUGCGGAAGAAAAAGUCUAAAGAAGUGAGUGAUCUCCAUGAGGAGGGGAAGAAUGCCAUCAACGCUCCCAUGCUUCCCGCAGGGACAGACAUCCAUCCAGAGGACACACUGCUGGAGGAAAAUGCUGAGAGGAUCAUGUUGGACCCAACAUCGCGGGAAAAUCUUAAAUUUAAAGAUCUCCUGAAGGUCCUGAUUGACUGGAUCAACAGUGAGUUGGAGGAAGACAGGAUUAUUGUGAAAGACCUGGAGGAGGACUGUUAUGAUGGACAAGUGCUGCAGAAGUUAUUUGAGAAGUUGUCAGGCAGGAAGCUGAACGUGGCAGAGGUGACCCAGUCAGAGAUCGGCCAGAAGCAGAAGCUUCAGACGGUUUUGGAGGCCGUCAACGAGUUGCUGAGACCUCACGGCUGGACCAUCGAGUGGAGUGUGGACUCGAUCCAUUCAAAGAACCUGGUGGCUAUUGUCUAUCUGCUGGUGGCUCUGGCGAUGCACUUCCAGGCCCCUAUCAGACUGCCUGAGCAUGUUUCUGUGCAGGUGGUGGUCGUCAAGAAACGAGAGGGCAUCCUACAGACUGCUCUGGUGACAAAGGAGCUGACGAGCACCACAGAAAUGAUGAUGGGAAGAUUUGAGAGGGAUGCGUUUGACACUUUGUUGGAUCACGCACCUGACAAGCUCAAUGUGGUGAAAACGUCUCUCAUCACCUUUGUGAACAAACACCUGAACAAGCUGAACCUGGAAGUUACUGAGCUGGAAUCUCAGUUUGCUGAUGGCGUGUACCUGAUUUUGCUGAUGGGGCUGCUAGAAGACUACUUUGUCCCACUGUACAACUUCUUCCUCACCCCUGAGAGCUUUGAACAGAAGGUCCACAACGUGGCGUUUGCCUUUGAGCUAAUGCAAGACGGAGGCCUGAAGAAACCCAAAGCCAGACCAGAAGAUGUUGUCAACCUGAACCUCAAGUCCACCCUCAGAGUCCUCUACAACCUGUUCACCAACUACAAAAACUCUGAGUGAACUUUUCCAGUUUCACCCCCCUGAUAUUACUUCUGAACACUGCCCUGUGCCUGCACUGAUAUGCCUUACAGUCUGGACACUGGAGGAGACCAACUGGGACUGAAAGUCAUCAUUAUGUGGGACUUAAAAAGACCCAUGGGGAGUAGCCUGAAAAGGCUCUGAAUGUUAGUAUUUAAUCUUCCCCAAAUGUCAGUAUUUAUUUAUUCCUUCCUCGAAUGUUAAAUGGAAACCCUGCGACCUUUAGCCUGCAUUUGAAUACUCAGCCGUCACAGGAAAAAUGGAUGAGGGCAGAAUGUUAAAACUGGAUCUGUGUGUUAAACUGAUGACUCUCCAGAAUUUUUAAGGAAGUUGAAAAUGCUGUUAUAUAUUAUAUUAAAUAAAGUGUAUGUUAAUAUUAAAAGAAUAGUUUCAGGAAAUACACUUAUUUGCUUUCUUGCCCAAAGGUUAAGGGAGAAGAUUUAUAACCGUGCUCAUGAUUUGUAGCUAAAUAUUAAGCUAACGUUAUAGCCAGCAGCAGGUUAGCUUAGCUUAGCAUAAAGACUGGAAACGGGGAACAGUGUUUCAAACUUGAUUACCUUUUUGCUAGAUUGCAAACCAUCUUAGAAACUUUGUUUCUUAACAUCAACUAGCAAAAAAUUACAGAGAAAUAUAUUUUAUAAUUCAUUUACAUGCAGACUGCUUUUUGCAGAUUCUUUUUUAGCUAGUGCUAGCUGCUUUCAUUGGAAAUGAGUUGGCAACACUGACGGAGAAACUGCUACUGGCUUUGUCAGAGAAACAAGAUAGAAAGGUUGUGGUACCUUUAUUUGAGGCUUUUAAAGGCAGAUUUUUUAAUUCCUUAAAAAUCUUUGCAAUUAAACAUACAGUAUACUUAAUAAACCCUAUGUGGUGAUCCACAUUUUUGACUUUAUAUUGUCUUCACAGAAUGAAAGAGAGGAAAGGCGUCCAAAAAUGUUUUCAGCUUUCUUUUCCAUUUUAACUGAAUUAUUUAGAAAAUAAACAUUUUUUGAUAAUUGUCCAUAGCAUAUAUAAAUUACCAUUUAAUACAUUUAAAUGUUAGAUUUCAAUGUAGCCUAAUUAACACAAGUCUACAUUAAGUUUUAGCUUUGGCGAAAAACUAGCUGUGACGAUUGCACAAGCUAGUUUUGAGUUGAUUCCACCUCCUUCUUUAAACUGUCUUGUGAAAGUUAGUUCUGAAGUUACUGCAAAUUUAAAAAGCUGUUUUCACAGAAAUUAUACAUUUAUAUACCAUAAUUUAGUAUAAAAUAUGUUAGUUGCUAUAUCAUGCCUUUGAAGGGCAGAGUUGUUUCCUCCAUUGUUAUGCUAAGCUAAGCUGCAGCCAACUAUAGCUUCAUAUAGUAGACUUAUAGUAGAGUUAUAGUAGAGUGGUAUCCAUCUUCUCACAUAAUACUUGACAAGAAAGUGAAUAAGCAUAUUCCUUUAAGAAACUUGAAAAUGCUACAGGAUGUAUUACAGUAUAUAUUAUAUAAUAUCUGAAAAUGCUUUGUAUAUUCUUACUACAGCUAUAAUCACUUUUACUACAGCUGCAGGAACUGUGAACAGCCCUCAUUUACUCUGAACUAUGCACACCACGUCUCAAGCCAUAUUUAAAGCUGAUGCUGUGUGCCUUAAGUGCAGUGUGCUCUCUCUGGGUCCCAGGAGAGCCCCAGUCACAGAGUCCUCUCAUUGACCGGCCUUUCA